AUAGACACAAUUAUUGGGAAAAGUUCUGACCAAAUGGAGAUCGCUGUUGUAAGAAAAAAUGAUGGUGAAAUUUAGAAGAAUGCGCGGAGGAUUAUUACAAGCAUAGCCGCUUGAGGCGAAUUAAUUCUACUAUAUUAUCUAAUAUCAAUAUGGCCUGAAAGUUAUGUUUGCAUGUUGAUGUGGAAGGAAUCUCCAAAUAAUUACCAAUAACGCUGAAAUGUUGUGCACUUAUCAUAAAUAACCAGGCGCAGAAGCAAAUGAACCGUUAAACAACUUAACAAAAACGUAUCGAACGUAGCCCGGUUAUAAUGUUGGAUUAUUUAAAGAAACUCCGCCGGUUCGACGCCUAUCCGAAAACGUUGGAAGACGUGCGUAUUCAGACAUUAGGCGGGAGUGCUAUUACGGUCAUAAGCAUGGUAAUAAUGAGCAUUUUGUUCUGGAUCGAAUUCCACGAUUAUAUGACCCCGAACGUCACUGAAGAACUGUUCGUAGACACUUCUCGUAGUCCAACUAUUGAAAUUCAAUUGGACAUAACCGUGGCGAGAGUGUCAUGCGAUUUUCUAGCUCUCGACGCCAUGGACUCGUCUGGCGAGCAACACUUGCAAAUACAACACAGUAUUUUUAAGAGAAAAUUAGAUUUAAACGGCAAUCAAAUUGAAGAGGCAAAGAAAGAAGACAUCACGAUAAAGGCGAAAAACGAUACACAAAUGGUAGCUAAUAAAACUGAGUGUGGGAGUUGUUAUGGCGCUGCACAGAGGUGUUGCAAUACCUGUGAGGACGUCAGAGAAGCCUACCGAGAAAAACGUUGGGCGUUGGACAAUGUGGAAAAUAUCGAGCAGUGCAAAAACGAAAAAUUUAAUGAGAAACUCAAGUCCGCUUUCACUCAGGGCUGUCAAAUUUUUGGCGACCUCGUCGUUAACAGGGUGAGCGGGAGUUUUCACAUAGCGCCGGGCAAAAGUUUCGGUAUUAAUCAUGUCCAUGUACACGACGUCCAACCUUUCUCCUCCAGCGAAUUUAACAUGACUCAUCGGAUCAAAAGACUUACCUUUGGCAUGAGUUUAGACAGUGACACUCACAACCCACUAAAGGAUUUCGUGGGUUUGGCGGAUGAAGGCGCCACGAUGUUUCAGUAUCACAUAAAAAUUGUUCCGACAUCUUAUGUCAGAAGGGAUGGUUCAAUUAUACAGAGCAAUCAGUUUUCGGUGACUAAACAUCAAAAAGUCGUGUCCAUAUUGAGCGGCGAAUCGGGAAUGCCCGGGAUUUUCUUCCAGUACGAGCUCUCGCCCCUGAUGGUAAAGUACACCGAGCGGGAGCGUUCCUUUGGACAUUUUCUCACCAAUGUGUGCGCAAUAAUCGGCGGAGUUUACACGGUGGCGGGUCUAGUUGAUACCUUUUUAUAUCAUUCUAUUAAAAUUAUACAGAAAAAGAUGGAGCUGGGGAAACUGCACUGAUUUUUUGUCCAUUUUAUACCUGCAAAAUUUAUUUUAUUGUGGUUGUAAAUAAAAAUUGUGAUUUGCUAAUUGUUUGU